GCAGGCGCUGGGACGUCACGGGCGAACGACGGGGAUGAGAGGAUGGGCCGCCUCGCCGCUGGCUCGCUGCUCCUGUGUCUUCUCUGGGGCGUCUGGGGGCGCCUUCCAGGGGCCGAGGCCGCCCGGAGAAGAGGACCCACCGUGACCGCUAAGGUUUUCUUUGAGAUACAGAUUGGUGACAGAAAUGCUGGCAAAAUUGUAAUCGGCUUGUUUGGAAAAGUAGUACCAAAGACAGUUGAAAACUUCAUUAAACUUGCAACUGGAGAAAAAGGAUUUGGCUACAAAGGAAGCAAAUUUCAUCGCGUAAUCAAAGAUUUUAUGAUUCAAGGAGGUGACUUUACUGCUGGAGAUGGUACUGGAGGAACGAGCAUCUAUGGAGAUAGGUUUCCUGAUGAAAACUUCAAGCUGAAGCACUAUGGCAUUGGUUGGGUCAGCAUGGCUAAUUCUGGUCCAAAUACUAACGGCUCCCAGUUCUUCAUUGCUGUAACAAAGCCUGGCUGGUUAGAUGGUAAACAUGUAGUAUUUGGAAAAGUCAUUGAUGGAAUGUCAGUAGUACAUGAUAUAGAACUUCAGGCAACAGAUGAACAUGACCGGCCUCUUCAGGACUGUGUGAUCAUUAACAGUGGAAAAACAGAUGUAAAAGAGCCAUUUGUGGUUGAAGUAGAGGAUUGGACGAGUUGACAGAAAUAGGAGCAAAUGAGCUGCAACCACUUUUCCUCUGGUUAAUACUGUGUGAGGCUUCUAUCAGAAAAUACUUUUCAGAGACUGCACAACAUGAACUAGCAGGUAACAAAUACCUAGGUAUUAAAUGAGGAAAUAUUAAUGCUAUGCUAUUGCCUUCUGAGGUAAAACGUUUCAUAGGUAUCGAUUUAAAGAGAUUGACAGCGAGAUGUCUUUAUACACUACAAACAUCUAUAGCUCCUUGCUGUUUGUUUACUAGUAUUCACCUUAUGAAUCUUUUUAAUCUCUUUGUCUAGUAACUUUGAAAUUUUGAAACUUUGAAUGAAAACCCUUCUUAUUCAAUCAGCACUUCUCCAGCACAUAUUCUGCAGAUUUCCUAAUUUAUGAAUCUGAAAGUAGACAAGGAAGAAUUACUACGUUAUUGGACAAAUUAUACUGAAUCCUCUACUGAUGUAAGAAAUACUUUACAUAAUCCUUUUCAAUCACUUUCUCUCUAUAGAUAUCAUUUAUUAAAAGACUUUACUUCCAACCAGACUUUUGGAAUAAGUUUGAAUUUGUCAAAAUGCAAAAUAUGUUGUUAUUAUAGUUACUUAUUACUUUUAUAAUUAUCACUGAAAAUCUUGUUUACUUUAUGUACAAAUAUUAAA